AUGGAUGACGAAUUAAAUGUAACAUAUAUAACUCUUUAUGGGUAUGUGGAGAUGGGCAAAUACAGGUAUUUAGUUUUUGUUAUUAUGUUUACUGCAUAUAUUCUAGCAAUCUGCUUUAAUAUCACCAUUGUGACUCUUAUUUGGAAACACAAGAACCUCCAUGAGCCUAUGUACAUUUUCAUUGCAGCAUUAUUACUAAACUCUGUUUUUUUCAGCACUGCUUUGUACCCCAAGUUUUUCAUUGACAUUUUAUCUGAAAAACAGGUCAUAUCAUAUUCAGCUUGUCUCGUGCAAUUCCUUCUGUAUUACUCCUUAAGUGCUUCUGAGUUCUUACUGCUGUCAGCCAUGGCCUAUGACAGGUUUGCAUCUAUAUGUAAACCUCUGCAAUAUACAACUAUCAUGAGAAAAGACACAGUCAGUAUUUUACUGGUUUUAGCGUGGCUUGUGCCUGCUUGUCUGACUGCAGUUCCAGUAAUACUGAGUGCUGACAUGAAACUCUGUAACUUCACUUUACAAGGAGUUUUUUGUAACAAUGCAGUUUACAAUCUCGCUUGUGCAAGUUCAACAGUACGGUCUAUAUAUGGAGUAGUGGCUCUGUUAUGCAAUGCACUUUUGCCAUUGCUUUUUAUACUUUUCACGUACACCAGGAUACUUAUAAUAUCAUAUAAAAGUAGUAGAGAAGUCAGGACAAAAGCUGCACAGACAUGUUUACCUCAUCUGUUGGUUUUAAUCAGCUUUUCCUGUUUCUGUGCCUAUGAUGUCAUUAUAGUUCGACUGGGGUCUGAUUUUCCAAGCAAUGUACGUUUAAUAAUGAGUUUACAAGCUGUUUUGUAUCAUCCUCUCUUCAAUCCAAUAAUAUAUGGACUGAAAAUGAAAGAAAUCUCUAAACAGCUGAAGAGGUUGUUCUGUUAA